UAAGCUGUGUCUGUGUGGAUUGCUGCAGGGAGUCGGGCUCCCCCCGCCGCUGAGGGAGAUGGUUCGCUCCACUGAGGCGGAAGUAACCGCUCUGGAACGCGGAGUGAGAGUGUGUGAGAGUGUGAGUGUGAGAUGAAGUUGGAGUUGUGAGUUUAUCCGCUGUGUUGUGUUGUGUUGUGCAGUGUGUGUGUGUGUGUGUGUGUGUGUGUGUGUGUGUGUUAGCCGUGUCCGCGGGGCAGUAUGAGGCGGAGGGAGAAGAGGUUGCUGCAGGUUGUGGUGUUGAUCAUCGCCGCGCUGCUUUUCCUCCACAGCGGCGCUCUGAGGAACUCCAGCACCGGAAACACGGAGCACUCUCACACACAGGGAGUACUCAGGAGGCUAAAGCCUGCAGACAGAGUGGACAGUCAGAGGAGGAAAGACUGGCACGACCACGAGGCCAUAAAGAGAGACGCAGCACGAAGAGGAAACGGAGAGCAGGGUAAAUCGUUCCCGCUGACCGACGCUGAUCGAGUGGAUCAGGCUUACAGAGAGAACGGCUUCAACAUUUACGUCAGCGACAGAAUCUCACUCAACAGAUCACUGCCUGACAUCCGCCACCCAAACUGUAAACACAAGCUGUAUGCUGAGAAUCUCCCCAACACCAGCAUCAUUAUUCCGUUCCAUAAUGAGGGCUGGAGUUCGUUACUGCGCACCAUACACAGCGUUCUGAACCGCUCGCCCCCUCACCUCAUCACCGAGAUCAUCCUCGUAGAUGACUUCAGUGACCGCAAGCACCUGAAGGCCCCGCUGGAGGAGUACAUGGCGCGGCUGCCGAAGGUGCGCAUCGUUCGCACUCAGAAGCGUGAGGGUCUGAUCAGGACCAGACUGCUGGGGGCGUCGCUCGCUACGGGACAGGUCAUCACCUUCCUCGACUCGCACUGUGAGGCUAACGUCAACUGGCUCCCUCCGCUGCUGGAUCGUAUUGCACAGAACCGUAAGACGAUCGUGUGCCCGAUGAUUGACGUGAUCGAUCACGAUAACUUCGGCUACGAGACUCAGGCAGGAGACGCCAUGCGCGGAGCGUUCGACUGGGAGAUGUUCUACAAACGCAUCCCCAUUCCCCCCGAGCUGCAGAACAGCGACCUGAGCGAACCGUUCGAGUCUCCAGUGAUGGCCGGUGGUCUGUUCGCUGUAGACAGGAAGUGGUUUUGGGAAUUGGGAGGAUAUGACACAGGACUGGAGAUCUGGGGAGGAGAACAGUACGAGAUUUCCUUUAAGGUAUGGAUGUGUGGAGGUCGUAUGGAGGACAUUCCCUGCUCUCGGGUCGGUCAUAUAUACAGGAAGUACGUUCCCUACAAAGUGCCUGUAGGAGUGAGCUUAGCUAGGAACCUGAAGCGAGUGGCGGAGGUGUGGAUGGAUGAGUAUGCGGAGUUUAUCUAUCAGCGGCGGCCGGACUAUCGCCCCCUGUCUGUGGGAGACGUGAGUGGACAGAGGGAGCUCCGCCUCCGACUCGGCUGUAAGAGCUUCCAUUGGUUCAUGACUGAGGUGGCCUGGGACUUACAGCACUAUUACCCUGCUGUGGAGCCCCCUGCUGCUGCCUGGGGGGAGCUGCGUAACGUGGGCAGUGGACUGUGUAUGGAGAGUAAACACUUGUCAUCCGGUUCUCCUCUCAGACUGGAGCCGUGUGUAAAAGGUCGAGGGGAUGCGCUGUGGAAUCACGCACAGGUGUUUACAUUCGGGUGGAGGGAGGACAUCAGGGUUGGAGAUCCUUUACACACUAAGAAAGUGUGUUUAGACGCCGUUUCACACAGCAGCCCAGUCACACUGUACGACUGUCACGGCAUGAAGGGCAACCAGCUGUGGAGAUACAGGAAGGACUACACUCUCUUCCACCCGGUCAGUAACAGCUGUGUGGACAGCGACUCGUCUGAUAAACGGAUUUUCAUGAACUCGUGUGAUCCGUCGUCUCCGAGUCAGCAGUGGAGAUUCGAGAACGUCAACAUCACUGUUCUGGAGCAGUUCAACAAGAACCUGCCUGCACUGUGAGAACAUCACCUCUGGAACAUCUGCAGGUUUACUGGCUGCUUUUCUGCACAUGUGCAUUAGUUUCAGAUUCGGGACAGAAGCAGGUUUUUGGGAUGCGGAUUGGAGCACAUGGAUUCUGUAAAGGAAUCCGGUUUUAACAUCUGGAUCUUCAGGAUUGGGAUUUUAUAUUCUGGAUGAUGUUGAUGUGGGAGUUUUCUCUCCGGGAUGUUUAGAUCCUGAUCGAGCCGGAGUGAGAUCUCACACUGUGACUGAGUGUGAUGUGAUGAUGAUGUCACAUUAAUCUUAAAAGGGUUUGGACAAAAAUCUUACAAAACUAAAGCGUCAGCGUAUUCGGUGGAGCGGUGCUGUUCGCCGGAGGAAAUGCAAACUGAAAAUUGCAAAAAAAAUCACAAAAAUUGCAGAAAUGUCAGCUUUUAUAUGUUGACUUUUCUCCUUCCAGAUGUGUUUCUGAGCCGACGUUGUGAUGCGUAAACGCUCGUGCUGUUAAACUUGAAGCUGAGCUCAGUGCCUUGACGUGAGAGAAUGUUAAACCGUUCUGUACGCUGUGGAACGGAGCGAGUGAACGCUGGCCUUAGUCUCCGAUUCUUUUACUGAUUAGAGCACUUUUCCUGUUUGCACUCAGCGAGUCGUAAAGGAUCUGUUUUUACCACCGUAAAGAAAAGGAAGAAAUGAAUCAGAAGCGUGUUUUAUUCUCAUAUAUUCUGUUGAUUAUUAUCUGAGCUCUGAGUUCAAGGAGUCAAUUCACUGAUUCAGAGUUGAACAUGAUGAUGAACGCAGGCUGAGGAUGAGUUCAGCUUAAAAUAUAGGAUAAAGAAUUAGACAUUAAACAGGCAACACAUUAUCAUUAUAACAGGACUGAAAUGUAAAUAUUAUUUGUAACAUGAGCUGAUAUUCUGCUGCGACCUGAAACAGGGAUAUUAUUUUGAGUUGAUUUUGCGUUUGCUGCAUUAGAGGAACGCUGGCUGUGUGUGAGGUGUGGAAAUGAAAUGCAGCGAUUUAUUUUGAUCCGUAUAUCACAUGUAGUUAAUGUGAUGCUAUUAAACCUAUGUGUGAUGAUAACAGAUCACGUGACAUCACAGUUUACGAUAUCAUCACAAUAUUUUAUUUAAAACUACUCAUUAAGUUAAAUCAUAAACGUGUUCCUCAGUCGGAGUGACUGUUCUGUCCACCAUGAAGGACACGCGACACACACUGCACUCCAAAAUCAGAAAAAUCCCAGACAUGCUCACUACUUAGGCACCCUAAUCCUGGAUCCUGACUGUGUGUGUGUGUGGGUGUGUGUGUGUGUGUGUGUGUGUGGGUGUGUGUGUGUGGGUGUGGGUGUGUGGGUGUGGGUGUGUGUGUGUGUGUGUGUGUGUGGGGUAGUGAUCUGGCAUCACUAAUCAUUAUGAAGAUGCAUAUUUGCACUUUCCUGCAUAUUUCUGUUUUUUUCUUUACUUCUGUCUGUUAUUAACAGUUUAUUACACAAUGUUUCUUCUUUAUUAAUCACUUUGCUGGAUUUUGUUCUGUUUAAAUCUGAUACAUAAAAUUUUAAAUUCUAUUGUGGAAUCAAGUUUAAAUUUAUCAUAUGGAUUCAAAUUGUUGUUUAAUUUAGUUGCUGGACCCAAAGUUGGGUUUCGUCCAGUGAAUUCCGGUGUAGUUAUUGCACUCGCUCUGUGACUGUGGUCCUGCCAGGGAGAAGGGAACUUCAUGAACUUGAUGAAUUUAUUGAAUUAACAGUUUGAUAAAAUUCUAUUUUGUAGAUUUCUAUUUUCUUGGGUUUUUUAACCUUUACAGAAAUGUGAGAUGAUUUUUAAAGCCAACAGCGAUGGGGGGAAGAAGCUGAAAUUUUAAUGUGUAGCGAAUCCCAGAGGAAAUGAUGUAUUUUUCUACAGAAAAUGUAAAUUUAUUUCAGUACUGAAUAUGGAAAUAUAAUUACAACAUUGUAAUUAAAAAUAUUAAAUAAAUGUUUUAUGUCUGUCUCUCAGGGUCAGGUAUAAAAUCUUAUAUCUAA